AACGGUUCUGCAUCGGCAAACGAGUCCAAAACGGACGAAACGGAUCUUCCCGCGUUCGCUGUUCACUUAUAAAUAUUUUUUUGAUUGUUCUUCUUUUGUUUUUGUUGUGUCAAAUGCAUCCCCUGUGGUUCAGUGCCAUAGUGGCGGCGGUGGUAGUGCUGCUUGGCCCCACGGUUGCCUCCACUGAAAGCAGCAACUCCACCCAACUGCUGCAGCCAAAGGUUGUGGGUGGAACGGCCAUUGACAUUACUGCAGCCCCGUACACAGUCUCGGUGCGUCUGACGUCCAGGGAUCGUCGCAAAUUCGGAUCGGGUCACAUGUGCGGCGGCGUGCUCAUCUCCCAGCGCCUGGUGGCCACGGCUGCCCACUGCUGCUACAACUCGGACACCAGUCAAUAUCGAGCGGCCGGCGAGUACGUUCUAGUCAUGGGCGGCACCUAUCUGGCAAGCAAAACCAAUGAGACACUGGUGUAUUAUGUGCAGCAGCUGAUCGUUCACAGCAGCUACGACCACGGCUCGCUGACCAACGACAUUGCGCUGAUGUUCAUCAAUGGCUACGUACCCUGGACGUGGCCGACAGCGAAGGCCCUGGCCCUGAACAAUCAGUCGCUGGAUGUCGCCACCGCGUGUGUGAUCACCGGCUGGGGAGUACUCAUCUCUGGCGGCUCCAGCAGCAAUACGCUGCAGACGGCCACAGUGCCGACGGUCAGUUAUCCGACCUGCUAUUUGGCCUACCCCCCGUACGUGCCCAGAUCACAGAUCUGCGCCGGCUACACGAGCGGCGGCAUCGAUGCGUGCCAGGGCGACUCCGGGGGACCGCUAAUGUGCAAUAAUCGGCUGUCCGGUCUCGUGUCCUAUGGCGAUGGCUGUGCCAAGCCCAAUGCGCCCGGCGUCUACACCAAUGUGUCCUAUUUCCAAGGCUGGAUUGUCCAGCAGAACAAUUCGCUCAACUACUCGAUUUACCGCAAUGGCGGCGUGGGCCACGGUCACAGCGCAGGUUUCGCCUUUGCGCUGCUGUCCGCCAUCUGUGUAGUGGCCGCUGGAUUAUUGCGGUAACGUGACUGGGAUAGCAGAAUUAACACGCUUAUUUAUGUAUGUAUGUAGGAAAAUAAAUGAAUUUAAUUGAAUUGGAGAGCUCA